CUUGUAGUUACGGUUAAUUUCCAUAGCAGCAUUUCUCGUAGCAGCAGUUCGUGCAUUUUGGGGUUAAAUAUAAAGUUUACAUUUGAUGAUCACAUUGUAAAACAUCUUUAACAUUUCUACAAGGACAUGUUUGUCUAGGUGUCCACUGUCCGAAGUCCGACUGUCAGAAAGAUGCUUCAAAAGCUUGUUUUGUUCCGGUUUCUCCGACCUGCUGCUCUACUCUCUGCAGCUCUACGUUGUGCCUCAUCGGGGACCGUGGACGUCAAAGUCCCGCUGAACUUCUGGUGCGGAGACAGAGUAAAGAUCAAGGAUGUGUCAACCACUGAGCCUGUUUACGAACCUGCAACUGGUCGGGUCCUGUGUGAGCUAGAGCUCUGUGGGUCUGUGGAGGUGAACCAGGCAGUGCAGGCAGCCCAGUCUGCCUACCAGACCUGGAGCCGGAGGUCAGGGAUGGAGAGGGCACACAUCAUGAUAGAAGCUGCCCGUAUCAUUGAGAACAGGAGAGAGGACAUUGCGGAGAUGGAGGUGGUGAACAACGGGAAGUCCAUCACAGAAGCCCGAAUGGACGUGGACUCUGCCAGACUGUGUAUAGAGUAUUACGCUGGAGUGGCCAGCACUCUGGCAGGCCAGCAUAUCCAGCUACCCGGAGGCUCCUUUGCCUACACACGGCGGGAGCCUCUAGGCGUCUGUGUGGGGAUCGGUGCAUGGAACUACCCCUUUCAGAUAGCAGCCUGGAAGUCGGCCCCAGCCCUGGCCUGUGGCAACUCCAUGGUGUUCAAGCCUUCACCCGUGACUCCAGUGACGGCAGUGAUGCUGGCGGAGAUUUAUGCCAAGGCCGGGGCCCCAGAGGGGCUGUUCAACAUAGUUCAGGGUGGGCAGGAGACAGGCAACCUGCUCUGCCACCACCCGGACGUGGCUAAGGUCUCCUUCACCGGCAGUGUGCCCACGGGCAAGAAGAUUAUGGAGAUGUGCUCCAAGGGGGUAAAGCAAGUGACUCUGGAACUUGGUGGGAAGUCUCCUCUGCUCAUCUUUGAGGACAGUGACCUGGGGAACGCAGUGAAGGGGGCUCUCAUGGCCAACUUCCUAUCCCAGGGCCAGGUUUGCAGCAAUGGGACCCGGGUGUUUGUUCAGAGGCAGAUGUUGCCUGAGUUCCUGGAGGAGGUUGUGAGGAGGACCAAGGACAUUGAGAUAGGGGACCCACUACUGGAGAGCACUCGUAUGGGAGCACUGGUCAGCCGGCCACACCUUGACAGAGUCCUGGGCUACGUCGAACAGGCCAGGAAAGAGGGUGCCAAGGUGUUGUGUGGAGGGGAACCCUUCGUUCCUUUAGAUCCCAAACUCAGAGGUGGAUACUACAUGACACCAUGUGUAUUGGGCGACUGCACGGACGACAUGAUAUGUGUGAAGGAGGAGAUCUUUGGGCCUGUGAUGUCUGUGUUGUCCUUUGAAACAGAGGAGGAAGCUUUGCUGAGGGCCAACAACUCCGCCCUGGGCCUGGCUGCGGGAGUCUUCACCAGUGACGUCAAGCGAGCACACCGUGUAGUGGAACACCUGAAGGCUGGAUCCUGCUUCAUCAACAACUAUAACAUCACCCCUGUGGAGGUGCCCUUCGGAGGUUUCAAGAUGUCAGGCAUCGGGAGAGAGAACGGUCAGGUGACUGUAGAGCACUACACACAAAUGAAGACUGUGUUUGUGGAGAUGGGGGACGUUGACAGUCUCUUUUAAACGUCAAGCCAGACCAAUGGAGUCAUGCAACUCCGAGAUGUUCUGGGGGAUGAAAUACCAGCAUCCUGAGACAGAAAAAGAUCUCAGGACGCUUUUUCUGUCUCAGAAAAAGGUCUCUGGUACGUAGAUAGUUGAAUGAAGGAUAUACAGUAAUAUUGCCAUCCAUCUCUGAUAGAGUUUAGCUUAGUUAGUUAUUCUCCAUUAAAAAAAAUAGUGUGAUAAGAUCUCCGUUCUGAGCCAAAUGGAUAAAUCGAAAGUCGUGCCUUGAUAUUUUGUAACAAAAUAUUUAUUAAAUUGAUUCUCAUAACUAUGGAUGCCUUACAUUAAAAAAAAGUACUUGACAUUA